AUCUAUCAGAUCGUUCACACAUCUCCAUGUCUCUCCCUCGUUUUCUUCGUAUUCUUUUGCCCGGUGCGUUUACCGUUUCAUGAUAGAGAUGAAGGUCGAUGAUCAGCUUUUCGGCCCCUGCACAGAACUGAGCGCAGCAUGCAUGCGGUGAAGCAUCCCCCCCGGUCGGUACAAUCGCAUGAGGGCACGUUCGUCUCUUUCGGUCUCUUCGAUCCAUGGAGAAGCAAGAACAGACCUUGCUUCUUGCCUUGUCCACGAAUUCAGCGCCGCAGCGACAAGAUCUCGCCACCCAACUCACGGUCAUCUGUCCGUCUCUGAUCAGCAAAAGAAAGCAGGAAUAAAGAAUAAAACAAGAAUUGAAAAGAAGGUCACGGCUCUUUCCGAUUCGUCACCACAAACGUCACUCCAUCCCCGCCUCAUCCGUCUAUUUAUAUGAAUAUUAGCCACCAAGCAAGGCAUAAGCUCCCACAACUUCACUGACAUCCGUCCCCAAUCCCAAAAAGGAAAAAAGAUUCCAAAAACCAUCCGCUCACACGCGCCGCCGCCCACUGCUGCCGACCAUGGCUCCACCCCACUUCCUCCUCGUCACAUUCCCGGCGCAGGGCCACAUCAACCCGGCCCUCCAGUUCGCCAAGCGCCUCCUCCGCAGCGGCGCUGAGGUGACUUUCGCCACCAGCGUCUCCGCCUGCCACCGCAUGUCCAAGGGCAGGGCCUCCCCGGAGGGCCUCCACUUCGCCCCCUUCUCUGACGGCUACGACGACGGGUUCAAGAUGGGGGACAACGUGUCACAAUUCAUGUCCGAGCUCAGGCACCGCGGCUCUGAGAAGCUCAAGGACCUCAUGGCGUCGAGUGCGGGCGAGGGCCGCCCCUACACCUGCUUGGUGUACAGCUUGCUUCUCCCGUGGGCUGCCGAGGUGGCACGCGAGUUCCAUGUGCCCUCGGCCCUCCUGUGGAUUCAGCCCGCCACGGUCCUUGACAUGUACUAUUAUUACUUCAACGGCUAUGGCGAAUUCAUAGAAAAUAACUGCAUCGACCCUUCAUGUUCGUUCGAGUUGCCGGGUCUCCCCUACAAGUUCACUAGCCGCGACUUGCCUUCAUUUUUUUUGCCGAGCCGCUCGGAUGCAUACGAUGUUGCGUUGCCGACUUUCAAAGACCAGCUCGACACGCUCAACCAAGAAAACAAUGCAAGGAUACUGGUGAAUACCUUCGACUCGCUAGAGCCGGAGGCCUUGAGAGCGAUCGACAGGUACAACUUGGUGGGGAUAGGGCCGUUGAUACCCUCGGCUUUCCUCGAUGGGAAAGACCCGUCGGACACGUCCUUUGGCGGCGACCUCUUCCACAAGUCCAAGGAGUACACUGAUUGGCUGGACUCCAAGGCCCCGGCGUCGGUCGUCUAUGUGUCGUUUGGGAGCAUCGCAGAGAUAUCGAAGAGGCAGGCAGAGGAGCUCGCCUGCGCGUUGCUCGACUGCGGGCGACCGUUCUUGUGGGUCAUAAGAGCAAAACAAAACGGAGAGGAAGAGAAGGACGAGGAUAGAUUGAGCCGCAUGCAGGAAUUGGAAGAGAAAGGAAUGAUAGUGCCGUGGUGUUCGCAGCUCGAGGUGUUGUCGCACCCCUCCCUCGGGUGCUUUCUGUCGCACUGCGGGUGGAACUCGACCCUCGAGAGCCUCGCGCUCGGCAUCCCCGUGGUGGCGUUCCCGCAGUGGACGGACCAGGGGACGAACGCUAAGCUCAUCGAGGAUGUGUGGCGGACUGGGAUUCGUGUGAGGCCAAGGGAAGGGUUGGUGGAGGCGGGGGAGAUAAGGAGGUGCUUGGAGACGGUGAUGGCCGAUGGGGAGAUGAGGGAGGAGGUGAGGAGGAAUGCGGCCAAGUGGAAGGAGUCGGCGAGGGAGGCGGCGAGAGAAGGCGGGUCGUCGGACCGGAACUUGAAGGCUUUCAUCGAAGAGGUUGCUGCAUGAAGGUACCAUGGAAUAAGUGAAGCCAUAUCACAGAUUUACUCCGAUACUCAAGUGCAUUAUUUUUCUUACCCUGUCGUAUUAUUCUUGGUCACGGCCAUCAAGCAUCGUAAAGGUCUUCCAAUCACAGAGAAAUAUAAUUUUUCCUUUCUAGACUAAUGUUGCGUUGGCGAAAGAAAUCAUUAAAUGGUCAUUGUAUAUAUUAAGUACUGUUUAAUAUUAAA